CACAAAGAAUGACAAGAGUUUAUCCUCAUCAAGAAUCCACAACAUCCUCUGAAUCCCAUAAUCGUUGUCUCAACCGUAGUUGUAAUAAAAGAGAAACAUAUACUGUGUGGAUGAAAUCACUUGUUCUACACUCUAAUGGUUGCACUGUUUAUGAUUCAAAUGGUAGCAUCGUUUAUCGAGUUGAAAACUAUGACAGAAAGGGUGGAAGGGAAGUUACUCUCAUGAAUCUAAAAGGAAAUGUUCUCUGUACAAUAAAAAAGAGAUUACUAGCUUUUGGAUGCUGGGAAGGCCACAAAUAUUGCAACAAUUCAAGUUUAAGAAGGCAAGAGGAGCAACCAUGGUUCAAAGUUAAAAGAUGUCAUAAGGUUAUAUCAGGGAAAAUAGCUUGCCAGAUUAAAGUGGGAUCCCAAAAUAUGUGCAUAGAAAGAAUCAGCAUAGGAAAAUCAUUUGCUUUUAGGAUAGUAAACAAAAAUGGAGAAAUCAUUGCAGAGGCAAAGCAAAAACAGUCUUCAUCAGGGGUUGUUCUGAGUAAUGAUGUUCUAACUUUGGAUUUGGCGGCUGGCGUGGAUCAUUCCCUUAUAAUCGCUCUGAUCACGGUCUAUGGUUUGAUAUGCGGCUUAAUGUAGAUAUUCAAUUCACAUAUGACAGAUAUUAGGCACAAUUCAAUUCAUUUGAGAGCCCUCAUUUGGGAAACUUUUUGCUCUUGUAAUUUUUUUUUUUUUUUUUUUUUCUGACACAAUGUCUUUGUAACUUAUCUAAAGUUUUGUGAUUAGUAUUUGGCUCAGUUUGUGUAAAAAGAUCAUGAACUUCAUCAAGAUCUAUAACUAGAGACAUGUAUAUGUGCACAUAUAUUGUAAGUUACUAGAAUUUAUUGUAUAUUUGAUCUUUGGUAUGACUUUUUUUCUUAA